AUGGCCACCCUCCACACAGGGGUCUGCUCCGUUUUUGAGAAGCAUCUCGACAAUCUCUCGAUGGGAUCCAUCACACGCAGCAUAGAGAGCAGUGCCGUUCUCGCGUCCAUGUGCGUUAAUUUCUGCCCCAUUCUUGAGAAGCAGCUCGACGAUUUCUCGAUAGCCUCUGAAGGCAGCGGCGUAGAGAGCGUGGCCAUGAAAGCCGCCCUGAGCGUUGACGUCUGCUCCUUUUCCGAGAAGAAGCCUUACCAUCUCCUCAUCGCCGUUUUCAGCUGCAGCCUGAAGAGCGUUCCCGGAUUGGCCGCCCUGAGCCUUGAUGUCCGCUCCUUUUUCAAGCAGAAGCCGUGCGAUGUCCUGAUGGCCAUUUCCGAUGGCAGCUUGAAGAGCGUUGCCAUAUUGACCGCCCUGGACGUUGACAUCUGCUCCUUUUUCAAGAACAAACCGCACAACCUUUUGAUAGCCUCCCGCAGAGGCAGCCUGGAGGGCGGUGCCGUAUUCGCCGCCUUGUACGUUGAUGUUGGCUCCUUUUUGGAGAAGCUUUGCCACCUUUUGAUGUCUCCUAGAGAAGGCAGCCUGGAGAGCGUUGCCGUAGUAGACCCCUCUUUGAUAGACGAGAACUUCAUCCCAUUUCUUCUCGAUCAUGCACCAAUCGCCAAGGCGGGCAAACUGCGCAAACGCGUCAAGUUGGAGGUUCGCCUGAGCGCUGCCAUGCAAUCCUCUCCAGGGGAAGACAGGCUGCAGCUUUUGGCAUCUUUGUACGACCAAUUCAGGACCGUGUUCGAAGAGAGGAUGGAAGCUUUUCAAGUUCUCGAACCGCCGCCACCAAAGUCCCUCGGACCUGUCGGUCACAAGCUUUUCAAAAAGAUGAGAGAGCACGAUCCCGUUCUCUACGUCAUGGGUUUCCCAGCGGUGAUGAGGACUGUUGACCGAGAGGUGGACAGGAGCAAGUCCUUUCCAACAGCAAUGUCGCAAACACUGAGCGAUCUACAUGUCUUAGCCGUGUGUCUUCAAGAGACAGCGAACCAUUACCUGUCUGUCUCAGACUGGGAGCAGUAUUCUCGAACAGCAGGCUCUAUUGCCAGCGAGCGUGUCGGCAAAUCACGACCUUUACUGGGUCUUGUCGAAAGCUCCAUCGGGACAAUGGUGGAGAACGGCGAGUACACGGCUUAUGCGGAGAAAGGAUACGAGGCGUUCUGA